UUACUGAAGAAACUCAUUGCUGACUUCACAAAUGAGGAUGGGUCAAACUGUGUUUUGCAACUUGAUGACGUGCCAGGUGGAGACAAAACCUUUGAACUUGUGACCAAGUUUUGCUACGGUGUCAAAAUAGAAGUCACAGCAUCAAAUGUGGUUAGUCUAAGAUGUGCAGCAGAGCACCUACAGAUGAAUGAAAAUUAUGGUGAAGGGAAUCUAAUUGCAAGGACUGAGGCAUUUCUCAAUGAAGUUUUCAGUAAUUGGUCAGACACUAUAAAAGCUCUUCAAACAUGUGAGGAAGUUAAAUCUUGUGCAGAAGAGUUACACAUUGUUUCAAGAUGCAUUGAUUCCUUGGCCAUCAAGGCAUGUUCUAACCCAAACAUGUCCAAUAGACAUGUGGAAGGACAAGAUUGCUCCAAGUACUCAGCUCAAGAUCCUGCCUUAUGGAAUGGAAUUUCUUCUGAGAAUAAAUCACCACAUCCAGGUGAUGAUUGGUGGUACGAGGAUUUGUCUUCGCUAAUCUUACCCUUAUAUAAAAGAGUUAUUUUAUCCAUUGAAGCAAAGGGUAUGAAACCUGAGAAUGUUGUUGGAUCCCUCAUAUAUUAUAUUAGGAGGUUUAUCCCCAUGAUGAAUAGGCAAGCAAGCUUCAAUGAUAAAAAUAGUGUCAAUCAAGGUACAACCACUAAUAGUUCGAUUUCUGAAGCAGAUCAAAGGGCAUUGCUAGAAGAAAUUAUGGGCUUGCUUCCUAAUAAGAAAGGUGUCACACCCUCCAAGUAUCUGCUUAGGUUGCUCUGCGCAGCCACCAUAUUACACGCAAGUCCAUCAUGCAUAGAAAACUUGGAGAAAAGAAUUGGAUCACAACUUGACCAAGCUGAACUUGUGGAUCUUCUCAUUCCAAAUAUGGGGUACUCGGUUGAGACUCUCUAUGACAUAGACUGCAUUCAGAGGAUCAUUGAUCACUUUAUGUCUAUAUACCAGGCUGCAACUGCAUCAACUUCUCCAUGCAUAAUUGAAGAGGGGUCGUUGAUAGCUGGAACUGAUGCCCUUGCACCUAUGACAAUAGUGGCAAAUUUGAUAGAUGCAUAUCUUGCAGAAGUGGCUGUAGAUGUUAACUUGAAGCUGCCUAAGUUUCAGGCCCUUGCUUCUGCAAUUCCAGAUUAUGCUAGGCCACUGGAUGAUGCUUUAUAUCAUGCAAUAGAUGUGUACCUUAAGGCACAUCCUUGGCUCAUUGAUUCAGAGAGGGAGCAAUUUUGUAGACUCAUUAACUGCCAAAAACUCUCAUUGGAAGCAAGCACUCAUGCAGCACAGAAUGAAAGAUUACCACUCCGGGUGAUUGUGCAGGCCCUCUUUUUCGAACAACUUCGACUCCGAACAUCAAUCUCUAGCUGGUUGUAUGUUUCAGCGAAUAUUGAGAACUCUGGAAACCCCAUUGGAAAUCUUGACCUUCCAAGGAAUAAUGGCAGUGGUCAACUAGACCCUACACAAGGUGCUGGCAACUUGAGGGACCUUGUCUCAGAGCUAGAGAAGGAAUGUUCAUGUAUCAGGAGUGAGAUUCAGAAGCUAUCUAAGACAAAGAAAAGUUGGAGCAUUAUCCCAAAAAUCUUUUGUAGAAAAAAUUCCUAG